UUACCACGUUUUUUUUUAAUCUUACAUCCCAACAAAGAACAGCCAAUCAAACACAGCCCUGAGGAUUAUGACCUGAUUGUUGCGUUGGAGUUCGAACUUUGUCCUGGGUGAGCAGAGGGACACAGACAGAGCAUGGAUUGAUAUUUUGGUUUUGUCCCAUUUUUUUGGAGUUUUCAAGGAUAUUUUAGACUGCAGUACCCCUGGGUCACAGUAAUGGAGCACUAUUCAGACCAGGGCGGUGAAGGGUUAGAACUGCUCGAUUUGCUCUUUGAUAAGAAUGACGGCAUCUUACGGCAUGAGACUGUGGGAACACAAAAUGAUCAGCUUUGGCCAGUUCAAGAUCCUCAUAUGAUGAUGCCCGCUCAGGGUAAUGUGGACUUCUUCAACGCACUUUUAGGUGGGUACAACUCUGUUUCUGGAUCUCCAGUUUGGUCGCCCUCUCCUAGCGACAGCGGAAUCAGCGAAGAUCCUCAUUCGGAUCACAUCGACAGUCCGCCGCCAACCGCAAGCCCUCCUUUGGAGCCUCGCAUCGUCAUAUCCCAGGCACAACACAAUCUUGACACCAACUUCCCAAUUAAUUUCAAUGGCUGGGAGACUGGCUUCUUCCCAGACAGGGCUGGAGGGAUGCAGCGCGCAUCUGAAACGCCACAGGCACAACCGACCACUGGAUUCCCCCUAACUGUCAAGGACCUGCUGCUAUCUGGCACACCAGAGCCUGCCACAAAGGUUUCCCAGCAGUCCUACCAGGAGCUGGUUCUCACAGAGGAUGAGAAGCGACUACUUGCCAAGGAAGGAGUGACUCUGCCAAAUCAGUUCCCGCUCACCAAGUACGAGGAAAGGAUUCUGAAGAAAAUCCGGCGAAAGAUCCGCAACAAGCAGUCGGCCCAAGAGAGCAGGAAGAAGAAGAAAGAAUACACCGACGGCCUGGAGAGCAGGAUGGCGGCAUGCAGUGUGCACAACCAGCAGCUGCAGAGGAAAGUCUUCCAGUUGGAGAAAUGCAACAUCUCCCUGAUGGAACAACUGCGUCGGCUGCAGGCGUUGGUCAUGAAUGGAUCUAACAAACCGGCCCAGACUGGGACCUGCAUUCUGGUACUACUUUUGUCUUUCACCUUGAUUCUGCUGCCCAAUCUGAAGCCCUUCACAGAUACCAAGGUCAGCCAGCACGGAGACUUCAGCCCAUUGAGAGUUCAGUCACGGUCACUGCACAACCUUCAGCCUUCCCGCGUGCUGUGCGCCCUCGAGCACCCGUUCUCCGUGUCAGAGGACUCCAAAAUGCUCCCGCGCUUCUCGGAGGAUAAAAGAAUGGCGGAGAUCGCGUCGCUGCUGGGAAGACUUCACAGGAGACCAGACUUCGCCAAUUACGACCCUGAAUCUCACAACCACAGCUUAGACCUGCAUGACGACCAUCACCGUGGAGACCCCAUCACUGGGCAUGUAGCGACAGUGACCUUGAAUCCACGACGUGGCUCAAGGCGGAGUCCUCAUGCUGAUGAUAUGUGAAGGGCAGAAGGGGGUUUACCCGCGGAUUUGUCAAAACUCCUUUAACAGCGCUUUUGAAGGUGGGAGGCAGCUAACAGAUUGUUGGAAGCUCUUUUUUUUCUCCUUCUUUCUGCUUAAGUAAUUUUUAAGAGAUUGCAUAGUAUAUAGCUGCUUAUUUAUAUUAUCAAACUUUGGAUGAAAUAACAAGUCCAAUUUUUUCUGUUGAUUUGGAAUGCUGGAAGUGGUUUUUCUCUCGUUUUAAGCUUGCCAGAAGCAGGUUUCGUUUUCGUAAAAAUGCAGUGGGGUCCAAACGAAAAUGCGUGUUUUUUAAACACAGCAUAAUUAUUUUUGCAAGAAUAACUGGCUUACUAACUGUAUUUUGCUUGUUACAAGGCUACACCCUAAAUAAAUAUGUGGACAUGAAAUAUUGAUAUGGAAUUAUUUUACAAUCCUACCUGUAAAUUAUCUUCAGGUGUCCGCUAUGAAAAAAAUAGUCCACUACAACGUACAAAACAAUCGGACUAGCAUCGAGACGAAUGCUGAAACAAUAUUAAUGUGAUAUUAAUACUGCUCUGUCUCUGAGGUAAGUUUCAGUAGGCUACAAUCGAAUUGAGACGCACAAUGGCGACAGUUGUGUUUGUAUAAAACAAAAGAGCGCGAGAGAAAGUAGCGCCGGUUUUAUUUGCGCAAUCGCUGGAUGACGCGAUUGACCAAUUAGAAUCAAGUAUUCAGAGCGUCGUGUAAUAAAAUGUACAAAAAACAAACAAAACAAUUUGAGUGAAAAGUUGAAAUAAAAAAAUUUAAUAUGAAUUUCAAAGAUCAAUGAAAGCAAUGAAAUCUGACAGUUUGUACAAAUUAAUUAACAUGGUCAAUUUUAAAAUGUUAAAUUUCAUAUGUAUUUUACUUUUUUCAGAUUAAAGGUUAUUAAAUAAUAAUUUAAAAAAAAAUCCCAGAUGCAUCAUCAGACUUUUGGACUCUGUAUAUAUUAUGGCUGUGAUCACUAGAUGUUUGAACCAUCUGCUCUGCCAAUGUAGCCUAUUACUUGCACUACAGCUGAGGUGAAUAAUAAUACAAAUCAGCUCAUUCCAAGUCAUGAAUUUUACAUUUUGAAUCCUUCAGCAAGUUUGUCCUGUGUUUGUCUUCUCUUUGAAGACAGUUUGGCUUUAUGGGUAUUAAUCUGAAGGCUGAAGUAAUUUUUUAUGGACUAAGAACUAGUUAGUGUGCAUAAAUUGCUUUUGAUAACAAAUGUGCUUUUUCAAUAAAACACUGUGUUGAAUUGCCUUUCAACCUAUUUUAUGGGGUUGCUUUGUUGUUGCUUUUUCCAAUAAAUGUUUUAAAAUGUGUCUUAUGAAAUGGACAACUCUCUGUCUUCAACUCUGGGUCCACGUCAACACAUAAAUGCCUUUCAGCACAAUUUGGACUUCAUGAGAGACAGAAUGAGGCCAAUGCAGAUGAGAAGAACAAGUGGACAACCUAUCUCAGU